AUGGCGCAAGAAAGCGACCUGCCCAAGACGGCCGAUAAGGGCAAGGGAAAGGCCGUUGACGACGAGAAGAAGCCCCAAGAUGUCGAUGGAAAGACCCCCGCAAACGGCAAGAAGGAGGAGGAUCAGAAUGCUUCCGAGGAACUCAGUGAAGAGGAUCAGCAGCUCAAGAGCGAGCUUGAGAUGCUCGUCGAGCGGCUAACGGAAUCCGAUGCGACCCUCUACAAGCCGGCCCUCGAGGCCAUGAAGAACUCCAUCAAGACAUCCACAUCCUCCAUGACGGCGGUACCAAAGCCGCUCAAGUUCCUGCGCCCGCAUUAUGAGUCUAUGACGAAACUCUACGACGAAUGGCCCGCUGGCGACGACAAGUCAUCUCUCGCAGAUGUUCUAUCGGAUAUUGGCUCGUGGGGUCACGAGUACGUUCGUCAUCUCGCCCUUGAGAUUGGCGAGGUCUACGCCAAGCGCAUUGCCAACGACGAGGCGACUCAAGAGCUGGUCGAUCUUGCCUUGGUCCUGGUGCCGCUCUUCCUCAAGAGCAACGCUGAAGCUGAUGCCGUCGACCUGAUGAGCGAGCUCGAGAUCAUCGAGGAGCUUCCCAAGUUCCUUGAUGAGAACACGUACUCGAGAGUCUGCCUGUACAUGGUUUCGAUGGUCAACCUCCUAACCUAUCCCGACAACGAGAUGUUCCUUCGUGUAGCGCACAGCAUCUACAAGAAAUACAACCAGCAUACCCAAGCCAUGGUGCUUGCGAUCAGACUUAACGACCUCGGACUCAUCGAGAACGAUUUUGAGGCGGCGGAUGAGGAUCCUGCGCUUCGCAAGCAGCUCGCUUUCCUUAUCGCGCGCCAGGGCAUCCCAUUGGAGUUUGAGAGGAGCAACGAUGACGACGAGAAGAUCUACGAGUGCCUUUCCAACCAGAAGCUUUCGGAGUAUUUCAAGUCCCUCGGAAAGGAACUCAACAUAUUGGAGCCAAAGACGACCGAGGAUAUCUACAAGAGCCACCUUGAGAGCAGCCGUGUCGCUGGCAUGACCAACUUCGACUCUGCCCGACACAACCUCGCCGCUGGCUUCGUCAACGCUUUUGUCAAUGCCGGCUUUGGAAGCGACAAGAUGAUGCUCGUUGGCAAGGACAAGGACAGCUGGGUGUGGAAGACCAAGGAUGAGGGUAUGAUGUCUACAGUGGCGUCGCUGGGAACUCUGCUCCUCUGGGACGUCGAGAACGGUCUCGACCACGUUGACAAGUAUACUUACCUUGAGGAGGAACAAAUCCAAGCUGGCGCAUACCUCGCAAUCGGUAUCAUGAACACUAAUGUUAGGACGGAUUCCGAGCCCGCGAUGGCCCUGCUGGCCGAUCCCGACAAGCUUGCGCACAAGAACCCGCUGAUCCGUGUGGCUACCAUUAUGGGUCUCGGAUUGGCGCACGCUGGGUCUUGCAAGGAGGAACUCCUCUCGUUCCUGGUCAACAUCAUCAGCGACCCUGAGGAGAGCAUGCAGGUAUCAGCCAUGGCUGCCCUGGCCUGCGGUAUGAUUUUCGUUGGCUCCUCCAAUUCCGAAGUCAGUGAGGCCAUCGUGACUACCUUGCUGGACGAGGAAAGUGGAAGCCGCCUCAACGACAAGUGGUCUAGGUUCCUCGCGCUUGGCUUGGGUCUCCUGUAUUUUGGCCGUCAGGAAGAGGUGGACGUCAUUCUUGAGACUCUCAAGGCAGUUGAGCAUCCUAUGGCUAAGCCGACUGCUGUUCUUGCUGAGAUUUGCGCCUGGGCUGGCACCGGUGCCGUCCUCAAGAUCCAGGAGCUCCUUCAUAUUUGCAACGAGCACAUUGAGGAUGGAGAGGAAAAGAAGGGCGAGGAGUUGCUUCAGGCCUAUGCCGUUCUCGGUAUUGGCUUGAUUGCCAUGGGCGAAGAUGUUGGACAGGAAAUGGUUCUCCGCCAUUUCGGUCACCUUAUGCACUACGGCGAAGCUAACAUCCGACGAGCGGUGCCGUUGGCUAUGGGCCUCAUCAGCCCUAGCAACCCUCAAAUGAAGGUUUACGACACUCUGUCGCGAUACAGUCACGACAACGACAAUGAAGUCGCCAUCAACGCCAUCUUUGCCAUGGGUCUCUUGGGUGCCGGUACAAACAACGCGAGACUUGCCCAGCUGCUCCGUCAGUUGGCUAGCUACUACCACAGAGACCAGGAAUCUCUGUUCAUGGUCCGUAUCGCGCAAGGUCUCUUGCACAUGGGCAAGGGCACUCUUUCCGUCAGCCCCUUCCACACAGACCGUCAGGUGCUUUCAAAUGUGGCGGCGGCUGGUCUCCUCGCUGUCUUGGUCGCCAUGAUUGAUGCUAAGCAGUUCAUUACCUCGAAAGAUCACUAUCUUCUCUACUGGAUCGUGACAGCAAUGCACCCUCGCAUGCUUGUUACCCUCGAUGAGGACUUGAAGCCUUUGACAGUGAACGUUCGUGUUGGUCAGGCUGUCGAUGUGGUCGGCCAGGCUGGCCGCCCCAAGACCAUCACCGGCUGGCAGACACAGAGCACACCAGUACUACUCGGAUACGGUGAGCGUGCUGAGUUGGAGGAUGACCAGUACAUCAGCCUUAGCAACACCCUUGAGGGUCUCGUUAUUCUUCGCAAGAACCCCGAUUGGGAGGGUGAGAAGUAA